AUGUCCCCAGCCAUCCCACCGGACCUGCAAGUGCUCAAGUUCCCCCUGCGGAUGCUCCGCUUCGUCGGCCUUUGGGGCGAUCGUCGCGAGCUGGUUCGCUACGCGUCCGUCGUGCUCUGCAUGUCCGUGGUCCUGAUCAUCCCGAAGGCCGCCCUCGGCUCCGGCAAGGAUGGCUUCGACUCGUUCGCCCGCAACACCGCCGAGCUGAUCUUCUUCACCGAGGUGUGCGUCUCGAUCGGGAUCUUCGCCAGCCGGCGGGGCUCGUUCGAGCGGUUGGUCGAGGUGUUGCGGGAAACGGUGUUGAUGUAUGAGGACGUGGAGUUGCUGGGAGAGAUUGCGGCGUUCAACCGGAAAAUGGAGCGGUUCUCGAAGAGCUAUGCGGCGUGGAUUGGGUUUUGGGUUGUGUUGUAUCUUGGGAUACCGAUGAUCUUCACCUGUGUGAAGGUGGUGUUUCCGGGGGAGGGUGAUCGCGGGGAUUUUAUGUUGAUCGCGGAGUUGCAGUUUUACUGGUUGGACAUUCGCCGCAACCUGCUGGACUACGCGAUCUACCUUGUGUUCUGCUCGAUGGCCAUCUUUUGCUCGUCAUACCAGAGUACCUUAAAGGGAGCGGUGAUAUUGGUCAGCAUUCAGUACGGAACGAAGUUGUUCGAGCUGGUUGCGAUGAGCAUCGACCGUCUGGGAAACGUUAAAGAAGAGAUUGCGCGUAAAAAUCAACUCCGGGAGAUCGUCAACCUUCACAAACUAGCAUUUCAGUACACCAAACACCUGGAAGACACGGUUUGCUUCAUGAUGAUCAACCAGAUCCUGAACUGCAUCCUGAUCUGGUGCCUGAUGAUGUUCUACGUGUCAACGAACUUUGGCCCGAACGCAGUGUGCGUGAUCAUCUUGUUUGCGGUUCUUAUGGGCGAGAUGAUCGCCUACUGCGUCAACGGAUCCAAGCUGGCAGAGACGGCCGCCGCAGUUGGCCAUGCCGUCUAUCGCUACCCGUGGUACAACGAGCCUACCGCGAUGCAAAAGGACAUGCAGCUGAUCAUCGAGCGGGCGCAGAAGCCUACUGGGAUCACGGCGGCCAAGUUUUACUUUGUCAACAUUGAACGGUUGGGGCUGGUCGUGCAAGCGUCGUACUCGUACUACUUGAUACUGAAAAAGCGCUUUUAAGGGGACUUGCUGGCUCUUACUUGUUUAUUCACACACCGUUUAUCACUAAUUACUGUUUGGUAGAAGGUCUUGAAUUUGACAGCAUAAAUAUUGGUUGAAAUUCAGAUAAACUUGACAAGGUUGCUUUGAUGCAAAAGGACAAAACUCGCACAUUUUUCAACACAACUUGUUACUCACGAAUCUCAAAUGUUGGUGAAACCUCCAGAAAGUGGCUGAUAUUUACCUGCAAUAAAAGAAAAAGAAAUUAACAUUA